CGCUCAUCUAAGGCGUCAAAUCGAAAUAACAAGAACGACGACCAUUUGGGGGAGCCGUGCACGGCUUGGUAGCGUCGCCUUUAAAAACCCGGCUUCCCGAUUCGGUUGCAUCUUCACUCUUGCUUUCGCUUUUGCAACCUUCCUCACCGAAUCGCUGCCGCAGCCAUGAAGCUUACUCUACUGCUCCUUCUCGUCGCCUGUGUCGGCACGGCCCUCGCUCAGAGCUCCAGCACCGUUGUGACUGUUAUCCCGGUCGAGUCCUCGGGCGCCCCCGCUGAAUCCUCCGGCCUUCCUGCAUCCUCCGGCCUUCCUGCAUCCUCUGGUCUGCCCGAGUCCUCCGGUAUUCCUGCAUCCUCUGUUCCCGUUUCUGCUUCGGCCCCUGCCAAUGCCACCUCGGCCCCUGCCAAUGUCUCGGCCUCCGUCACUGCUUCUCCUUCCGCCAAGCCUGUUGUCCUGAGCUCGACCAACGACCUUUGGGCUCUACAGUACAUGUACGUCAUGGAGCGUCUCGACUCUGAGUUCUUCAACACGUCGCUCGAUGCCUUCACUGCCGCCCAGUUCGCUGACGCCUUUGGUGCCCAAGUUCCCAACUACCUCCAGAUGAUUAACGCUCAAGUCAAGGUCCACUUUGAUACCAUCCGUGACCUCAUUCUGCUCCGCAACGCCACUCUUCCCGAGAACUGCACCUUCGAGUUUGGCACCAACUGGACCACCACCGAGAUUCUCCAGACCGCCGCUUCCAUCCAGACGCUCAUGGUUGAGGCCUACGACGGCGUCAUGCCCCUGAUCACCGACGCCCACCUGCAGCAGAUUGCCGGCACCAUUGCCACUGUCAAGGCCCGCCACGCCGCAUACCUGAACAUGCUCAUUUCCGAGAUGCCCUUCCCUUCGGCUUUCGACACUGCCCUCUCGCCCAGCAACGCCACCGACCGUGUCUUUGGCGAGUACAUGACCACCUGCCCCCAGGAUCUCAAUCUCCCCAUUCCCCGCGACGAGACUGUCAAGCAGACCACCGCCAAGCCCAUCGGUGGCUCGUCCGCUGUCGCGAACGCCACUGUCACUGCCUCUGUGAUCGCCUCGGGCUCUGUUCAGCUUUCGCCCACUGUUUCCGGUGGCAUUGCUCCUGCUGGCAACAGUGCCUCGACCAUGUCCCUCGCCACCGCCUCGGUCGUGUCGCUCAUCUCGCUCGUUGCGGCUGUUGCCCGACAACUCUAAACCCAGCGGCGAGAAGUGUCACCCUGGUUUUUUGCAUGCUUCGUAGGCUUCUUGUGUAAUAUCCAAGCUGGUCUAUCCUCGGGUCGAAAAAAAAAAACCUGUUUCGUUUGAAUUGUAAUUUUUCUUCUCAGAUUUUUGUUUUCAAUCGAUUUUUGUUCUUCGCUCGAAAACACGGCGUCCACCCAGUUCGAUGGUGUCUUUUGUCGUUGUCCCCUUGCAAUAGACGCUGUUUUGUUUU